UUCAUUGAAUCUUAGCUCCUAAGUUUAAUGCUAUAGCUAAAAACUUUUCUCUCUAAUUUAUUUUUACUGAAAUCUCUCAGCUUUUUCAGAAAGUUCUCUUCACUUUUGGUCUUCUUAUUCCCUCCAUCUACCUUCCACAUUUGCCAAAAUCCUUACACUACUCACCUCCUCUGUUCAAUUUUCAGAUUGAAGAAUGUUUGGGUGAAUGGUGUUGUGGAAAAAGUGUUUGGGAGUAAUGGGUAGGAGGAGAUCUGUCCUGAACUGCAAGAACUUGAAGAUCCAUUCACAGUUGCUACUUGGGUUAGUAUUGAUCUGCUUGGCCCAAGUGUCGGUUGGUAUCACAGAUCCUAAUGAUGUUGCUGCAAUCAAUAACUUGUAUAUCGCACUGGGUUCUCCUGUUAUUCCUGGGUGGGUUGCAUCUGGAGGGGACCCUUGUGGUGAAGCAUGGCAAGGUGUACAAUGCAAUGAGUCUCAAAUAUUGAGAAUAGUUCUUAAUGCUGCUAAUCUGGGAGGAGAAUUAGGUGGUAAUCUCGGAAUGUUCACUUCUAUCAUGGUAAUUGAUUUAAGCAAUAACCACAUCGGGGGUAGCAUUCCGUCCAAUUUGCCAGCUACGUUGCAAAACUUUUUUCUUUCGGCUAACCAAUUUAUUGGAAGCAUCCCGGAUUCUUUAUCAACGUUGAAUCAGCUGGCAGCCAUGUCUCUUAACAACAACUUUUUAACUGGAGUAAUUCCAGAUUCCUUUACAACUCUCACUGGGUUGAUAAAUUUGGAUUUAUCCAGUAAUAAUUUGAGUGGGGAGCUGCCACCAUCUUUAGAAAGUCUGUCAUCUCUAACAACUCUGCGUUUGCAGAACAAUCAGCUUUCUGGACCACUGGAUGUCUUACAAGAUCUUCCCUUGAAAGAUUUGAAUAUAGAGAACAACCUUUUUUCAGGACCUAUACCACCCAACUUGCUCAAUAUCCCAAACUUCAAAAAAGAUGGAAAUCCGUUUAAUUCUACUACUGAAGCAUUACCUCCCUCAACGUCUCCAACUCUAUCACCACCUUCACCACCACUUUCUGGACCGCCUUCUUCUAGGACACCUUUUUUCCCUAUUGGGAAAACACCUCCAAAACAGGCUGAUGGACCAUCCACAUCUGAGUCUUCAAAUUCUGGUGGACCAAAGAAAUCCCUAACCACCAUAAAGGUGGUUUGGAUAUCAAUUGCUGGGGUGUUGUCAUUUAUAGUAUUAGUAUUAGCCCUUGUCCUUUUCGUUCCAAGAUGUAGUAGACAAAGAAGAUCUCCUGAUAGAGUUUCCAAACGGCAUCAAAUAGGUGCAUAUCAAGGUGACAGGGAAAAUCUUCCUAGAGACAAUGGGACCCUGGCUCAACCAACCAAUCAAAUUCAAAAAGUCACAAAAGAAGCAGCUAGCCCGAAAGAGAAUAUUCAAACAGAGACUAGAAUAACUGGAGCGAUUCCGAAGCCACAAAAUGAGCAAGACACAAAUGUGCAAAGAUUAGGCACAAUACCAAAACGACAUGAUCAUAAGAUAGACUUUGGUUCGCUUGAUGAGUAUUUAAUGAUGCCUCCUCCACCCCCUCCUCCACCUCCACCUCCACCUCCACCUUCUCCCCCUCCCCCACCUCCUCCUCCUCCUCCUCCCCCUCCUCUUAAUGAGAAGGUUAUUGUGGAGCCUAGCACAUCCUCUGACGUGAUUAUAGCAAAGCCUUCCACCAAAGCUACCAAAGCUAGUAGUUCCUUAACUUCUGCAAAGUUUUUCAGUAUUGCGUCCCUUCAGCAAUUUACAGACAGUUUUUCUCAAGAUAAUCGUAUAGGAGCAGGCACGCUGGGAGUUGUCUAUAGGGCUCAGCUUCCUGAUGGAAAGCUACUCGCAGUCAAGAAAUUGGACAAAAUAGCCUCUAGUCAGCAGAAGGAUGAUGAAUUUAUCGAACUUGUGAACAAUAUUGAUAGAAUCAGGCAUGCCAACGUUGUUGGGCUCAUGGGUUACUGUGCAGAGUAUGGUCAAAGACUUCUUGUCUAUGAAUAUUGCAGUAAUGGUUCGCUGCAGGAGGCUCUGCACUCAGAUGAUGAAUUUAAAAGGAAACUUUCAUGGAAUUCUCGCAUCAGAAUGGCACUUGGCGCUGCAAGAGCCCUGGAGUAUUUGCACGAGGUCUGUGAGCCACCUGUUGUACACAGAAAUUUCAAGUCUGCCAAUGUUCUUCUUGAUGAUGACCUUUCUGUGCGAUUAUCAGAUUGUGGUUUAGCACCCUUAAUAUCAUCAGGUUCUGUGAGCCAGCUCUCAGGACAUUUGCUAACAGCAUAUGGUUACGGAGCUCCCGAAUUUGAGUCAGGAAUUUAUACUUCCCAGAGUGAUGUUUACAGUUUUGGCGUGGUUAUGCUAGAACUUUUAACAGGCCGAAAGUCCUAUGACAGGAAUCGGAAUCGAGGAGAACAACUUUUGGUCAGGUGGGCAAUGACCCAGCUCCAUGACAUUGACGCAUUGUCAAGCAUGGUCGAUCCUUCUCUGCAUGGAAAAUACCCUGCAAAAUCCUUGUCACACUUUGCCGACAUAAUCUCUCGAUGUGUUCAGUCGGAGCCUACAUUCAGGCCGCCGAUGUCUGAAGUUGUCCAGGACCUCUUAGACAUGAUACGAAAAGAGCGAAAUGGCAGUGGAUCUAACGAAGACUGACUUGGGAGUGGCGGGGGGGUAAAAGAACAUAAUGUCUUGUAUCUUGUGAAUGAUGAAGCUGCUAAGCAAAAGCUGAACUGGGGGAUGUUAAAAAAUGUUCCACCGUUUGUGAAAAAAUCAAUGGCAGGAAAAUUCCCAUCGUAACAGAGAUCAGAUAGAUAAACUUUGGCCAUUCACAGCUUCUCACCAAAGGGGAAAUUGUUCUUUGUCAUCGUUCAUCAUCAGCUUAAGAAGACCUCUCUGGUUGUGAAACAUGUUCCGAUUUUUUUGUGUCAAUUGUGGUUAUUAUCAUUAUUAUUUUGUAUCAUUCUAUUAUUUAUUAAUUAAGCAAUGAAUGGUCAUGUUUAUAGCAUACUAGAGCUAACCCAAUCGUUUGGUGGUUAUUGUUUGGUACCCCUAAUUAUUCUUCUUCUCUUCGUAAUGGGAAUUUUUUUUUUUCCUGUGCUGCA